AUGAUCAUUACGGCAAGGAAAUCUCAGCUGAAAGCGAGCCGGCGUCACACUGCCACUGAACUCUACCUAGUACUCCUACAAGCACAAUGCCCGAGCCCUCAAAACGACACGGCCGGUCACGCGGGCGAGCCGUUAAACGAGCAAGGGGAGGGAGCGGUGGUGGGGUACGCCGCCAUGGACUCGCGCUUCUCCUCCGGCUCCGGGGACGUGAGGUCGGGGAGCUCGCUGACGGUGGGGGAGCGGCUCUGCGCCGCCUUCUUGCCCUUCGUUGCCGUCGCCGAGGCCGUCUUUUUCGUCCUCGCCGACUGCCUCGCCGACAUCUGCCCUUCCUCGUCCUCCUCCUCGCGCCUGCGCAGAGAAUCCUCUGCUUCGUCCUUCCUCACGGCCAAGAAGAAGAGCCAUCACCUGUUCCGCCGCCGCGUCGGGCCAGGCUGCACCUCCCUCGACUUCCGCAACCUUGCCCGCCUCGCCGAGGAGUCCCGUUGCUUCUCGGUGAACGAGGUGGAGGCGCUGUUCGAGCUCUACAAGAAGAUCAGCUGCUCCAUCAUCGACGACGGGCUCAUCCACAAGGAAGAACUGCAGCUAGCAUUAUUCAAGACUCCUAGCGGGCAGAAUCUUUUUAUUGACAGGGUUUUUGAUUUGUUUGAUGAAAAGAAGAAUGGAGUAAUAGAGUUUGAUGAGUUUAUUCAUGCUCUCAGUGUCUUCCAUCCAUGUUCACCUGUGGAGGAUAAGAUUAAUUUUGCAUUUAAGCUGUAUGAUUUGAGGCAAACCGGAUUUAUUGAGCGUGAAGAGGUUAUGCAAAUGGUUAUUGCCAUUUUGAAUGAAUCUGAUAUGAAAUUGUCUGACGAGCUUCUUGAGGCCAUCAUAGAUAAGACGUUUGAAGACGCUGAUACUGAUAGGGAUGGGAAAAUCAGCCAAGAAGAAUGGAAGGAAUUUGUAUUGCGCCACCCUAAUCUGUUAAAGAACAUGACCCUACCCUAUCUUAGGGACAUCACAACAUCUUUUCCUAGUUUUGUCUUCAACACGGCAGUUGAAGACUAA